CUCACGGAGCUGAAGAUAACAAGCAGAGUGAUUUUUCACAACGAAACGAAAGCGGGGAUGUUUCAGACGCGACUGACUGACAAGCAUUUUUGUUGUUAUUGGACCUUUUAUUAAUUUUACCCGAUGUCUCCGCUGAACUGUACACACUUGGACGUUUUGAAUGAGUCGACUUCGUUAUCAUUCAGGACCAUAUGUUGAGAAAACCCGAGCCUAAUAGUAACUACACAGCUGUGCUGCCAAGAAGAGGAGAUAAUACACACUCAAAGUGACACUGCCAACUAAUAGGACACGGAACAGAGGAUAAUCUGGCCCUGAGGAUAACCUGCUCAAUCUCCUGGCGUCGAGAAGAAGAUAAAUUAGUUGGCUUGGUGCGAAGAUAACAGCUCACUACUAGCGACGGUCGCCAACACUGUCACCUCAACACAGAGAAGAAGAAACAAGCGUCCAGUCAACGUCCAGUGUUUUGAGGAUGAACCACUUAUCCAUCAGCGAGCUAUGUUGCCUGUUUUGCUGUCCACCGUGCCCCAGCAAGAUCGCCUCCAAGCUGGCCUUCCUGCCCCCAGAGCCCACCUACAGCCUCAUGUCCGAUGACAGCGGCAGCAAAUGGACGCUGAACCUCUCCGAGCGCGCCGACUGGCAGUACUCGUCCCGCGAGAAGGACGCCAUCGAGUGCUUCAUGACUCGCACCUCGAGAGGGAACCGCAUCGCCUGCAUGUUUGUCCGCUGCUCACCCAGCGCCCGAUACACGCUAUUAUUCUCCCACGGAAACGCAGUGGACUUGGGCCAGAUGAGCAGCUUCUACAUCGGCCUGGGUUCACGGAUCAACUGCAACGUCUUCUCCUACGACUACUCGGGUUAUGGGGCGAGUUCCGGGAAACCCUCGGAGAAGAACCUGUAUGCUGAUGUAGACGCCGCCUGGCAGGCACUCCGGUCACGGUAUGGCAUCCGGCCAGAGAACGUGAUCGUGUACGGCCAGAGCAUUGGCACUGUGCCCUCUGUGGACCUGGCUUCUCGCUAUGAGAGCGCUGCAGUCGUCCUCCACUCCCCACUCACCUCUGGCAUGAGAGUGGCCUUCCCCGACACCAAGAAGACCUACUGCUUCGAUGCCUUCCCAAACAUCGACAAGAUUUCGAAGGUAACUUCACCAGUACUGGUGAUCCACGGCACGGAGGACGAGGUCAUCGACUUCUCCCAUGGCCUGGCGCUGUACGAACGCUGUCAGCGCCCCGUGGAGCCGCUCUGGGUGGAGGGGGCCGGACACAAUGACGUGGAGCUCUACGGACAAUACCUGGAGAGACUUAAACAGUUCGUUGCAACUGAGCUGGUCAACUUGUAGAGGAGCUGGGGGGAGAAAAAAAGGGGUGAAGAGGAAGGAAGAGAAGAAAGCGAUGGUUUUCAGGAGAGGUUGGAUGACGGAGAAGGGGUACAACUUUUCCUUUUGUUUGUGAAGGCUACAACUUUUUUGUGAAGUGUUGCGGGUAGAAGUGGUGUUUGUCUGUGUAGUACUGAAGUUUUGGUGGCAGUCUUCUCUCAUUAUCGAGCACCUCUCCCCCCCUUGGAGCUCCAGUUUGCCAAGGCCCAGUCAGUACCGUCCACUCCACACACUGCAGCUGUGAACUCCCAAGUACCCAUCAUUUUGUUUCGCUUUUAGAUUUUCUUUUUGUUAUGUUGAAAAUUGCACAUUGUGAAAGUGUGAGAAUGAAAGAGGAAGUAGACGUGCACAGACAACAUACCAUGUGUACAUGCAGUGUAUGAGAGUGUGUGUGUGUGUGUCACAUUUUUGCUGCCUUUUUGAGAAGGACAUGGUCCACUGUUCUUAAUGGAGCGGUUUUGAGAAACAGCCUUGCUGCAAACUGGACUGGGCCAGACUCUCUCUAAUCCAACUGAACUCCAUCUGAGGUCAGGUUCGGUCCUACACUCUGCAGCCACCGUGAAUUUCUUCUUUUUUUUUGGAUUACUGUUUUAUUAUAUUUUUUUAUAUUAUACAUUAUAUUUGCACGUAUCAACUGUCACUGAAGAACUGUACAAGACAAACUGACGUUAUCUAGCUGUGCCAGUGUUGCCAAAUGUUUAGUAUAAUAUAUAGCAGAGAGUUGGACACACAAAGAACUUUGUACUACAGAAUACAUCUAGAAAACAUCUCCAAAGCUCUGUUAGCUGUCUCUACUUUUCCAUUUAGUCUUAAAAUGGUACAAUUUGAUGCUACAUUCAAGAAUAUAAUGCAAGAUGGGGCUCCGUCAGCAGUUCAUGUAGCCAGUUAAAAGGCUGGGUCUGUUUAUCGUUGACCAAUUAAGUGUGGGUUAUUUCCUCACACUCUGUCUUUUGAAAACACAGUUCUUACUUGAAGGUCAACUCGGAAGUAUGAGUAUCACUACGCUGUAGUCGAUGAGCUGGAUGUUUUCAGAACAAUUUAGUGCUGGACUAGAUAUCUGACCCCUCUUUGGAAAUGACAAGUAUUCGCCUUGAUAUAGUAACUAUUAUUAAACCCAGUGUUGACAGUGUUUUUUCUGUCUUUGGGUGUGAAGAUAUCAAAUUGUAUGUAGUUAUUAUUACAGAUCUUACGUAUGUACCUGAAUCAGAUCUUUCUAGAUGUGUCUUUUUAUAUGAUAACAUAACAACUAUGUUAACUACUGUGACAGCAGUUAACGGUCUGUGUGCUCUGAUCAACACUUAAUACCACUAAUGCCAAUCAGGACUGAAUGGUGAACGCUAUUACAGCUGGUGUUGAUUCCUUUUCAGUUCAGGAAGUUGUUAAAAAUGUUGUGUUUUUUUAAGUUAUUUACAUCAUCUGAGCUUAAAAAUGAAUGGACAAUGGGUUAACUUAUAUCAGCGUAAGUGGCUCAGCAUUAAAGGCCUCCGUCAUGGACUGAAUGUUUUGCUUUUUGUCUUAACUUUAUCUUCUUGUCUGCAUGGUAUUUCUGGAUCCAUUGUCGUCUGCUGAUUUGCCCUUUAAUGCUGAGUGAGGCCAAACCAAGCCUCAGCCAGCUGAUGACUCCAUUAAGGCACUGUAGGUGCGACUGCAUGCCAUGAAUGGCUAGUUUUUGGUUUGCAUAAGAGAUCUCAAUGAAUCAUUUUUUUAUGGGUAUUUUUAAAUACCUUUUUUUUUAGCCUGUGUUCACAAAAGGGGUCAAAUACUGUUGGUAAGUGACAAUAAACCAAUAAGCCAAUAGGUGCUACUGUAAACCUUCAGGUCUGAUUACUUACAGGUUGAGAGGAAGCAAGGCUAGCUUUUUGUCGGAUUGACCAAGAUCCAGAUCAGGAUUGGUAACUGUUGUUUGUCAGUGAUGGUCUACUACUUUUUUCACAACUCAUUUGUCUUAUAAACACGGUUAUACUUUCUUUCAUUUCCACUUUGUAAAUACUAUUUGUACCCGACAUGUUGUCACUUUUUUUUUUUUUUUUUCUUUUCUUUUCUUUUCUUUCACAAGCUUUUGUCAUCAUCUCUCAACUGUCGUUCUUCUAACUUCUCUAACUCUUGAUAUGACAACUAUUAGACCAAGUUAGGCCAUUAUGUUGGCUUUCAGUUGACCUUUGUACCGGUCACUUUGACUAUUGUCAUCUCUGAUUUGAUUUAGAUUAAUUUUGUAUAGCAGAUUUCAAUACAGAAGGAACUUAUAUGUAAUAACAAUAUUAAUAAAGUAAUUCUAACAUGGAUAGAGCAAAUAAAAUGGUAUUUGAGAAGCAACUCGAA